CUCCUUUCAUUAUCUGAAAACUACCAUGGAGACCCAGUGGAUUCCCCUGUCAUCAGACUUUAAUUCCUCUGCCACAGCAGGAACUCCCUCUCCCUUCCUCUCCUCUCACCCCCAUCUCUUCAACAUCUCCUCCAACCUGUCCACCCAUAGUGUCCCCUUUGAGGGCAGCAGUACUCUGAUGACAGCAGUCAUCUCCCUUACCGUUUUCAUGGUGGGCCUGACUGGCAACACUCUGGCCAUCUAUGUGGUGCUGCGCUAUGCCAAGAUGAAGACAGUCACCAACAUCUACAUCCUGAACCUGGCUGUGGCCGACGAGCUCUACAUAAUCGGACUCCCCUUCCUCACCACACAGAAUGUGCUCUCCUAUUGGCCGUUUGGGUCCUUCCUUUGCCGUGUGGUCAUGACCGCAGACUCUAUGAACCAAUUCACGUCCAUUUUCUGCCUGACAGUCAUGUCUAUUGAUCGCUACCUGGCUGUGGUUCAUCCAAUCCGCAGCACCAAGUGGAGACACCCCCGCGUGGCCAAGGCGGUGAGCGCUGCGGUGUGGGCCUUGUCCUUUGUGGUGGUCCUGCCCGUGGUCAUCUUCUCUGAUGUCCAGGAAGUAUUUAACUCUUGCAACAUGAUCUGGCCCGAGCCGAAGGCCGUAUGGUCGACAGCCUUCAUUCUCUACACUGCCACGUUGGGUUUCUUUGGACCGCUGCUCAUUAUUUGCCUCUGCUACUUACUUAUCGUCGUCAAGGUGAAGUCUUCGAGGGCGCGGCUGGGUUUCACCAAGCGUCGUCGCUCGGAGCGCAAGGUGACGAGGAUGGUGGUGGUGAUCGUGGUGGUGUUCGUUCUCUGCUGGCUGCCGUUCUUCAUCAUCAACAUUAUCAACCUGGUCGUCAUCAUCCCGGAGUCCAGCGUCACCGCCGGCAUCUACUUCUUUGCGGUCAUCCUGUCGUACGCCAACUCCUGUGCCAACCCCGUGCUCUACGGCUUCCUGUCAGACAAUUUCAAACAGUGUUUCAAAAAAGUGCUGUGUAUGAAGAGUAUAAGAUGCAAGGCUAAUGGAGUAGACGAUGGCGACCCCAGUGCCCCGCGUUCUGAGAAAACUACGGCGCACGACUGCAUCAUGCUCUCCCCGCGAAACCAGGUCCGCAAUGAUACCCAGACUAGCCAGAUCUCUCCUCACCCUCCAGCCUCACCUACCUCACAUACAGCAGCAGACCUGCACUGCUCCAGCAGUGCCUGCCAGUCACCCUACACUUACCCAGCAGAGACCAGACCCACCAUUACCACCUGUGCAGCAGUCUCCAUGGCAAACUCCGGCGAACCUCCCACCAUCACUGCCCUGACGGCGCCUGCUUUCUCUGCCGCCUUAGCCCCACAGCAACAGUAACUUAUUGACUUUGAGUGUCAGGUGUUUUAGGAUCGGUGGAGGAAAAAUACGAUGUGAGGAUCAUCGAAAAGGAACGAGAUAUAUCUGUUUGAAUAAUGGCAAAUGUGAAACGACCAGAGUUUUCAGCAGUAACGCCAUUUAAAUAGGUUUCUUGGUCAUUUUCCGCACACAUUUCACACUCAUUCUCAAUGCAUUGUAUCUAUGAUGGCCUGUAUUUGUGAAAGCACCUCAUGAAUAUUUUUUUUUUCCCCUGCACAUGUAUCACCAGGCUGUUUACCAGGCCCCAGGUUUCUUUGCAUCCAGUCAUCUGACAUAACUGCCUUUUCAGCCUCUCUCAGCAAUCAUCAUGACUCCUUGGUGAAGACAUAAAUAUCAAUAACACCUUCCAUCCUCCACUUCCUGUUACUCUGACACAUAACAUGUCAGGAUGUACUUUUAAGAACCAAAAAUGCUCUGACAGACCCGACUCACAAGCUUUGUCCUCACAUAUCGUAUCUGUUGCAAGCUCCCACUAACAUAACAACAAGGACUUUCGCCUCAUGCAAGUAAAGGGAACUAUGGUGGCCUUUGCGUAACCGUUCUUCUACGUUUGCUUUCGCUUCAAAAAAUCUGAAAAGAUGUGUUUCCAUCAUGGUAUGGCUCGGUUAGUACAGAGAACCUACUUACCUUUACUUGGUAGGCGGGGUCUGGACUGUGCUCGAUGGCCACGUGUCCGCGAGAGGACAAACAAACGACAAUCUAGCUUCACCCUGACCGUACUGUACCAUUUUAUUGUGGUACCGCAAGGGAAGGCUGCCAGCAAUGGAACGGCUGCUUGUUUUGGUACUUUUACUCAUGGAAACACCAAAAAAAAUACGUACCGUACCAAACCGAACUGGUUCUACUCAGCGGAGACACGGCUUUAAAGACUUUCACAGCUUUUAUCUGUAAGCAAUUCCACGCUUAUACAAACAUACACGUGGGUAGUAUGUCAAAGUAAACCCUCCUUAAUGUUACUCACUGGACCUUUAAUUUAAACGAGUAUAUCGUGAUUGUUGAUCUUGACCAUGUUUAGAGCUUUGGUGGAAAAGUCAGCUGUUUGGAUUUGGUAACUGUAUUUCCACAGAAUAGCUUGCGUGCUACUGGUGAGCUUUGCAGUCAAAGUAAGUGUGACCCUUUGCCUGUGCCAUGUGUUUAUGCAAAUGGAGACACUUCACUUCUUUCAGAACAGUUAACCUCUGACCUCUCUGUAUAUACUGUAUACUCUGUGUCUUUGUGUAUGUGUGUACAUUUGUGGGCUGUUGUGCACAUUUGUAUAGUGCAGUAGACGCCAUAACUAACUGAGGAGCCCAUUCCCUCUUUGACCCUCGAACGACACAUCUUGCAACCGCUGCAGAAUUCAUGUCUGCGUUUCCUCCCACGGUGCAAAUGUGAAUCCAAAAUAUCCUAAAGACACUGGUGCUGCCAUUGGUGUGUUUGUCAUGUAGUUUGGAGCGACAGCACGCACAUUAGUGUGGGGGAGUGGAAGAACUCCGUGGUGUCCUGCUGACAAACCUACCUAACCAAUUAUGUUAAUAAUGAUGUCCCCGCCCCCUUUUAUCACAGCAUCAAAUGACUACUGUGAUUUGGACCAAAUGUUUGAGAAAAAUGGACAAAGAUCCAUGCGUGAACGAAUGACUACACCGACAAACACUGCAGCCAGGAUCUCCAGGCUUUACAUUUAGGAAUGUUGUCAGUCAUUGAUUGCAGCCCUGUCAACACCAUUAAGGACGAUUCUUGGUCUUUUCUAACACAGACUGGCGAGGUUUGGAAAACCACUCUUUAAAUACUCUUUAAAGGUCACUGUGCAAGGAUUGGUGACAUCUAAUGGUGAGACUGCAGAUGAAUUCAUCAAACAACAGCUCACGCAAUGCCUCCGCAUGUCCUUUGUUUUUGGAGUAAGCCUGAGCUUCAGAAUGUGAAACACAUGCUCUGAGUAGUUUUUGUCACUUCAGGCCGCAAAGUACAAAGAUGGUGGCGCAAAAUGGUGACCUUCAUACGUCACAUUAGGUCCACACUAUUUGGAUAAAAACGAGGACAUUGUCCUAGCACUAAUAAUUCUCCAGCCACUUCUAUGUAAAGAUGACAGGGAAGGAAAUUCCUCAGUGCUCAUUAUAAUAAGUGGAGGUGAUGACAGUGAAAAUAAUGGAAGCUGAAACUGCCAGAAAGAAAAAAAACACAUUAUGCAAAUUGUUGUAUAUUUUACUCCACUAUAUAGUUGUGCAGAUGAUUCAGUGCCCUUUUUGUCGGAAAAUAAA